CUGCAUUAGAUUCAGUGUUGACUAGGAGCAGUGCGUCUUCGUUGUCUUCCACACACAGCAUAGAACAAAAUGAAGAAAAAAUAUUCUCUGGAGGAGAAUGGCACUCGAAGACUCUCCUUUGCAGACGAUGGUGUCCGGUGGCGAACUGGAUCUGAGAUCAUCAAUCCAGAUGAUCCUUGUGUGCAGAACUGUGAAAUGGAUCACCCUUCCUCAUUUAGGAAAUAUCAGCAGACCUUGCAGAUGCUCAAGCCCUUGCGUUUUUCCUCAUCACAGCCCCACCCUGUGGACAAUGCAGGUUUCCUGUCCUUCAUGACUUUUGCCUGGAUGACCCCCAUGAUGUGGUCAAUUUUUAGGAAUAAGCUGGACAUCUCCCAGCUAAAGUUGUCUCCUUUUGAUAUUGCUGACACCAGUGCACAAAGGUUUCAGAGACUCUGGGAUGAAGAAGUGGCAAAGAGGGGUUUGGAAAAAGCCUCACUGGUUCGUGUGGCCUUUCGCUUUCAACAAACCAGGCUGAUUGUCUCUGUCAUUAUUGGUAUUCUUGCCAUGGUUUCAGCAUUUUUGGGCCCGGCUGUACUGAUCAGCAUGAUCUUGAAUUAUAUUGAAAACCCAGAGAAGUCGGUAUCCAACACAGUGUCCUAUGGUGUUGGUUUGUCCAUUGGUCUGUUCACCACAGAAUGUUGCAAAGCUCUCCUAAUAUCCUUGCUGUGGGCAAUAAACCUACGCACAGCAGUGAGACUGAAAGGGGCUUUCUCUGCAGUGGCUUUUCAGAAAAUCAUAUCGCUGCGGGUAUACAGCAGUGUUUCAAUGGGAGAGAUGAUUAACGUUUUGACCAGUGAUGGCCACAGAAUGUUCGAGGCUGUACUGUUUGGGAGCUUUGUGCUGUCCAGCCCAGUGCUCUUUAUUAUGUGUAUUGUCUACGCAUGCUACAUUCUGGGCUACACCGCACUGACUGGAGUCUUCACAUACCUGAUUUUUGUCCCUGUACAGAUUUACUUGGCCAAGUUCAUAAAUAAAUUCAGAUGGAAGUCCUUAUUGAUAACCGACAGCAGAGUUCACACAAUGAAUGAGAUUCUCAACAGUAUAAAGCUAAUCAAGAUGUACGCGUGGGAAGAUUCUUUUGAGAAGACGAUUGCAGGCUUAAGGAAAAAUGAAAAGAAACAACUACAGAAGGUCAGUUAUGUCCAGAAUGCUAAUACAAACAUCACCAGCAUCAUCCCCACCGUUUCCACUGUCCUCACCUUUCUGGUUCACACUUUGGUGGGGUUACCUCUCAGCACUUCUGAUGCUUUUACCACAAUUGCCAUCUUCAACUGCAUGAGGUUCUCCCUCGCCAUCCUGCCCAUGUCUAUGAAGGCCACAGCUGAGGCUGUUGUAGCACUAAAACGAUUAAAGAAAAUUUUGCUGAUCCAGAAUCCUGAGCCCUACCUGAUGAAAAAGGUAGAUAGUGACUCAGCUAUAGUGAUGAAAAAUGCUACAUUUUCCUGGACCAGACCUGAAAGCCAGUCUGGCCCCCCACCCAGCACAGCCAACGGAGUGUCAGAACACAAGACAGCCGAGACUGAAUCCUCACCAGCAUUGAAAAACAUCUCCUUCACACUGCCUAAGGGCAACCUGCUCGGUGUCUGUGGGAAUGUGGGGAGUGGAAAGACAUCACUGAUUUCCAGCAUUUUGGAACAGAUGCACCUUCUUCAGGGCUCCAUCACAGCCGAUGGGACAUUUGCGUACGUCUCCCAACAGGCCUGGAUUUUUCACGGAACUGUUCGAGAAAAUAUCCUCAUGGGGGAACCUUUUGACCAAACCAAAUAUGACAGGGUUGUGGAUGUCUGUAGCCUCGGAGCUGACCUGAAGAUUCUGCCAUUCGGUGACCAAACUGAGAUUGGGGAGCGGGGGCUUAAUCUGUCAGGGGGACAAAAGCAGAGGAUCAGCCUGGCCAGAGCAGUCUACUCCAACAAGGACAUCUUCCUCCUUGACGAUCCUCUAUCUGCUGUUGAUGCUCAUGUGGGGAAACAUAUUUUUGAAGAAUGUAUAAAAAAGGAGCUCCAAGGAAAAUCGGUCGUACUGGUUACACACCAGCUCCAGUAUUUGGAGUUCUGUGAUGACAUCCUGGUUCUGGAGGACGGGGAGAUCAGGGAGGCCGGAAACCACCAAACCUUGAUGAACGCCAGCGGACGCUAUGCUCAGCUCAUCACUAAUUACCAGAUGGAACAGUCCAAAACUCAGAAUGAGGAGGGAGAGGAAGAGGAGGAUUUAUCAUCCCAAGAUGCCGCUGAGUUGAAAGAGGUUGAGCUCAGACAUCGUGCAGACAGUGGGAUAGCAAACCCUGCAUUUGACAUGUCAGAUGAAAAGGAUCAUGAAACAACAGCUGAGCAAAAGCCUCCUGUCAAGUCUGAUGACCAGCUAGUCCGUGAAGAGUCCUUCACGGAGGGUGCUGUCUCCUUAAGAACCUACCACCGGUACUGUCAAGCAGCUGGAGGCUACAUUCUCGUCUUUCUCGCUGUCCUGAACAUUGUCCUGAUGAUUGGAUCCACAGCCUUCAGCAACUGGUGGCUCAGCUUCUGGCUUGGAAAGGGUAAUGGGUCAUCGACUAACCCAGGUUCAGAUCCAGGUGACAUCUCAAAAAAUCCAGACCUGCACUACUACCAAACGAUUUAUGGUGUGAUGACGCUCAUCAUGGUGGUACUUGCCCUCAUCAAAUGCUUCUUUUUUACUUAUGUCACCUUGAGGGCCUCCUGCAAACUCCACGACACAAUGUUCAAGAAGAUUAUUGCCAGUCCAAUGAGUUUCUUUGACACAACUCCAACGGGCCGAAUUCUAAACCGUUUCUCUAAAGAUCAAGAAGAGGUGGACACUGUGCUUCCUCUUCACAUGGAUCCUUUCCUGCAGUUUUGUCUUCUCGUCACAUUCACAAUUAUCAUCAUCGCAUCCGUUUUUCCGUACAUGCUUGUGGCUGUGGUUAUCAUGGGAGCGUUGUUUACCCUCAUUCUCUUCCUAUUCCAAAGGGGUAUUCGUCAUAUGAAGAAGAUAGAAAACAUCAGCCGUUCUCCCUGUAUCUCACUAACGACUUCUACACUGCAGGGCCUCAGCACCAUCCAUGCUUACAACACAAGAAACAGUCACAUAGAAAUGUUCAAUUCCCUGAAUGACAUCAACUCAAAUCACUUUUUAUUGUUUCAUUCUGGCACCCGAUGGCUUUCUUUUUGGCUGGACUUCAUGGCUGCUACUAUGACCUUGUUGGUGUCUCUGUUUGUAGUGCUUAGCAGUAAUGACUUUAUUGCUCCAUCCUUGAAAGGCCUGGCCAUAUCCUAUACCAUACAGUUGACAGGCAUGCUUCAAUAUGUAGUAAGAGAGUCAACGGAAGUGGAAGCAAGGUUCAACUCAGUGGAGCGACUGCAGGAAUACAUCAUGGAUUGUAAGUCUGAGGCCCCCAGGCAUGUUAAAGAGGCUCAGAUCCCACAGGACUGGCCUAGCAGUGGGGGCGUCUCCUUCGUAGACUAUAAGAUGAGGUACAGAGAGAAUACACCAAUUGUCCUAAACGGCCUUGAUUUCCACAUUCAACCUGGAGAGAAGCUGGGGAUCGUGGGAAGGACUGGCUCUGGGAAAUCCUCUUUAGGAGUGGCUCUAUUCAGACUAGUAGAGCCUGCAGCAGGAACCAUAAAGAUAGACGGAGUUGAUAUUAUGUCCAUUGGCCUGCAGGAUUUGCGCAGCAAGUUGUCCAUCAUCCCUCAGGACCCUGUGCUGUUCAUCGGUACAGUAAGGUACAACCUAGACCCGUUUAAUAACUACACUGAUGAGGAGAUUUGGGCAGCACUGGAGAAGACCUAUAUAAAGGACUCAAUCGCCAAGCUGGAAGAAAGGCUACAGGCACCAGUGUUGGAAAAUGGAGAGAACUUCUCUGUUGGUGAGAGACAACUGAUGUGUAUGGCUAGGGCUCUACUCCGUAACUCCAAGAUUAUUCUUUUAGACGAAGCCACAGCAUCCAUUGAUUCAGAAACAGAUGCUCUAAUUCAAAACACCAUCAAAGAUGCCUUCAAAGACUGCACCAUGCUCACCAUAGCGCAUCGCAUCAACACUGUUAUGCAUGCAGAUCGUAUUCUGGUCAUGGACAAUGGGCAGGUGGCAGAAUUAGACCAUCCAGAUGUGCUGAAGCAACGGCCAGACUCUCUGUUCUCAUCACUCCUGACAGCUGCUAAUACAGUAAACUCGUGAACAGAAGGACAUCCAAAAAACUGCUGCAUAGUAGUCACUGGGCAUGUCCAUAACAGCUAUCCAUAUACACAGCCAUAUUGAAGUCUGUACUGUGAUGCUACAAUCUUUUCUGGUGUGCUUGUAUGAGAUGUAACUGAGCAGCAGAGAUGGAAAGUGAUAGCAGUGCAGGAAAGACAACAUAGUUUUUGAACUUUGUAAAUAGUUAUGUAUUUAUCUCUCCUGUCUGCUGAUAUAAAAGAAUGAGCACUGUACUUUACUGGGUUUCCCUUCAUAUUUCGUAUGAGAUGACUUCUUAUGCACGUUAUAUGUUAGUUAAGUUAUGAAUUUGCCAAGUCUUAAAUUACAUUCAAUGGCAGCAAAGAAAGUCUCCUGUUUUUUAUUUUGUUUUUUGUGAGACAUUAAAAAAUGCAUUGUAAAUUUCAAAGUGUAGGUAUAUAAAAAUGACCCUGAUAAGAUCUGUGCUAGUAAAUUACUUAAAUUUG